AUGUCCAGCUUAUUUGGUUCCACCAGCACGGCGCCCGCCUCAGACAUGGCGGCUCGCAAGGAGGCAGUUAUGCAAUCCGUCCGGAGCGAGAUUGCCCUGGCUAACGCACAGGAACUCAUGAACAAAACGAACGAAAAGUGCUUCGCAAAAUGUGUCACAAAACCCUCGACUUCAUUGUCGAGUUCCGAAGAGACAUGUCUCGCACGCUGCCUUGACCGCUACAUGGAAGCCUUCAAUGUUGUCAGCAAGACGUACAUCGCACGGAUCAGCAAGGAGAGAUUGGAACACCACUGA